AUGAUGUACGGCGCCGGGGAUGACGAGCACCCGUUGCCGGAAACGGUGGGUUGUAUGCAGCAGCUGGUCGCGGAGUACGUGAGCCACGUCACAUCCGAGGCUUGUUUGGUGAGUAUUUCACUGUUGGAGUUAUAA